AUGGACGUUAAAGCAUUUAUUGUCGCCACGGAUUUGGAUAUGAUUCUCUGCAGAUGUAGAAUUUGGAUAGAGGAUUCAAAUGGUCAUCGCAUAGCCGGUAACAAAAAAUACAUUGAUUGUACUGAUUACCCUGAUGACUAUGAAUUUAUUUAUUUUCCAAACCAAACGUACACGGUUCAUGCUAAAGUUGAAGGUAGUUUUGAGAAAAAGAAAGCACGAGGACCUUUUAAUGAAAAUACCUGUUUUAGUAUAUUUGGCGAUGUUGAUGAUUGGACUUUUAAACAAACAUCUUGUUAA